AUGUUUUCGAGCCCAGAAGAAGUGUCAACCAAACGGAGCCACAUCACCCCUGAACGCUAUAGAAACAAUGAGGAAGAUGUGUUUGAUGCUGACGGUUGGUGCAUACAUUUUAUUGUCUUCGUUGGUUUAGACGAAGAGGAAAUUCGGCCAAAAAAGAAGUGCAGAAAAGAGAAACCACGGAUCCUCGUCCAGGCACCCCCACUGCCAGAGCUCCCACCCUUUAACUUUCCAAUCUCCUGCGAGUACCAGACCACUUCAGCCAGUACCAGCCAAUACCAGACCACUCCAAGGCAUCCAGGCCGACCUCACAGCCCAGCGAGAAGCAGCACUUCCAGGCUCAGUCCAGACAGGAAUAAUGCAUCCCGCUCAAGCAAGUACCAGACCACUCCAGCCAGUACGAGUCAGUACCAGACCGCUCCACGAAGCAGCAGGAAUGCCCUUGACAGUGAACUUUUCCAGUUGAACAUGAAAGUUCAAAAUAUACUUGAGAACCAGGGAGAAAUGAUGCGCAUGCUGAGAGGGCUGGCAGCGCAGUCUGUGGGGCCAGAAUCUGUGGAUGUUCAAGAUCUCAUUGAUAAGCCUUUCGAGACUCUUGAGCAGCUGAAGGCCUUCUGUGAACGGCUCGACACUGAUCUUCUGCUCAGAAAGCAGCUGGUCAGGGGUCGGCAACCUUUACCACUCAAAGAGCCAUUUUGGCAAGUUUCACAAAUUAAAGAAAGUAAUGGGAGCCACAAAAAAACAUUUAAAAUGAAAAACACCACAUACAAAGCUUAAAUGCUUUGUGCUAUGUUAACCAGGGGUCUCAGACACACGCACCGGCACGCACUUUAAUGUGGAAAUUUGAUGUUAGUGCAGCCCGCGAGUUUUGAAUGAAUGGCGCUUGAUAGCGUCAUACUUGCCAGCCUUCUCAUUUUUCCCGGGAGACUCCCGAAUAUCAGAGCGUGAUGACACUGCAUUUGGUGCCCUCUACAGUCUGCCCUAACAGCGUGCCUGC